AUGGGCCGAGAGAAGGGGCUGAGCAAGGACGCAGACCCCACGCAGGCUCCACGCUUCCGCACAGCCUUCACGGUGGAGCAGGUCAGCACCCUGGAGAGCUCCUUCCGGCGCCGGCACUACCUGGCCCCCUGGAGCGCGGCCCGGGAGAUGCGGCUCUCAGAGGUGCAGAUAAAAACCUGGUUUCAGAAUCGCCGGAUGAAACACAAGCGCCAAGUGCAGGACUCCCAGCUGAGCAUCCCCUUCUCUGGAGCUCUUUGCACACCCCUGGCUUUCUGCCCACCACCCUCUGCCCUGGGCAGCUGCCUGCAGCUCCUGUACCCCUGGGCAUCCCUCCCUGGGCCCCUGGCUUUGGUACAGCCUCCUGGCUGCUCCUGGGAUCCCUGCCAACUGAAACAAGCCUCCCUGGCUUCAGCAUGGGCCUCGUAACAGCCUCCGACCUGCUGCCUCCCAGGCCCUGGGGACCAGGUGCACGUGCUGGGCCCAGCCUUGUCCAGGGGAUCCUGGGGCCUGUGUGCACAGCCAGAGACUGGGGAUGUCUUCUGAGGAAGCAUGGCAGCCAGAAGCCUGCAGCUGGGGUGUCAGAC